AUGGCGGACGAAAAGAACACAGGCAGCAGGGCGACAACUGCCCCCGAGAGUAGGAAAACAGUGUCAGAAAAGUACGCCGAUGCCACCCUUCAGCUGCUUGAAGAUCACGGCGAUAAGUUCGGGCCCUUGACACCGGAAGCCGAAACAAAGUUGCGCCGGAAGCUGUAUCUACGCGUGAUGUUGCUGUUGUCGGCGAUCAAUGUUAUGCUCUUUAUUGACAAGUCAACUCUCGGAUAUGCAGCCAUUCUGGGCCUGUUCCAGGAGACGGGGAUAUCUUUGGCGGAGUAUAACAACCUCAACACCAUGUUUUACGUCGGCUAUCUUGCAUUCCAAUGGCCAGGCCAUUAUCUAAUGCAGCGCCUCAACUUUGGGCGCUACGUUGCCACGACCGUAUUUAUGUGGUCAGCAAUCAUCUUCCUCCACUGCGUGGCGACGCGCUACGCCGGGCUGGUAGUGAUGCGCCUGGCCCUCGGGGCGGCCGAGGCGGUCAUCGUGCCGGCGAUGGAGAUCACCAUCGGCAUGUUCUUCAACCGGCACGAGCAGUCCUUUCUGCAGCCCGUGCUGUGGAUCACCUGCCAGGCCGCUCCCGUCUUCACGGGCUUCAUGUCGUACGGUCUGCUCUGGAGCAAAGGGCCCGUGCUGCCGUGGAAGCUGCUGCACGUCGUCACCGGCGGGCUGACGCUGGCGCUUGCCGUUUGGGUCUGGAUCGACUACCCCAGCAACCCAGCCGAGGCGCGGUUCUUGACGCUCGAGGAGCGCGUGCACGUCAUCCGGCGCGUGCACAAGGCGCAGCAGAGCUCCAUCGAGCAGAAGCGUUUCAAACGGGAGCAGUUUGUCGAGACCCUCCGGGAUCCCGUAUCUUGGCUGUUUUGUCUGCAGUCCUUCACGCUCAUGUACGCCAAUAACCUCAACUACGGCCAAAAGAACCUCAUCACCACCUCCAUCGGGAUCAAUCCUCUCGGUUCCACCCUCGUCGCCGCGGCCGGUGGAGGAUUCGGCGUGGCCUGCUGCGUUGUCGCGUGCGUCCUGCUGCGCCGAUUCCCUAGCAAUCUCGCCCUCCACGCCACCAUUUGGUGCGUGCCGGCCGUAGCUGGGGGUGUCUCCAUGAUGGCGGUGGAUUGGGAGCAAAAGAUCGGGCUGCUUGCCUGCUUGAUCAUGGCGUCAUCGACGUACGGCAUCACGUACAUCAUCGCCCUGGGCUGGACGACGUCGACGGCGGCCGGGUACACCAAGAAGCUGACGCGCAACGUCAUGUUCAUGCUGGGGUAUAGCGUCGGCAAUCUGGUCUCGCCGCAGAUCUGGGUGCCUGCGAACGGGCCGCGAUACUACGGCGCUUGGGCGUCCAUGAUUGCAGUUAGUUGGGUUGGCACGCCGGCGAUACUUUGGACCAUCCGCUUCAUCCUGGCGCGUCGCAACAGGGAGAGGAGGGAAUACAUUGCCGGCUUGAGUGAGGAUGAGCUUGGAAGUGGGUGGGUGGAAAGAAUAGACGAUGAGAUGGGUGACAUGACGAGGGUCAGAGUCGACCUGGCCGUGCUGGAUCUGACGGACCUGCAGAACAAGCAGUUCCUGUAUCCUCUGUAG